AUCUCCUCAAAUAUCACAGCACGGCGCGCGCGGUAAGUCUUGUGUGAAUCUUCAUGUGUGUUUCUGUGGCUCCCAAGCACGUCUUGAUAUCAAAGAAGGUAGAUUGCAUUCGCCGUUGAACCAGCGGCCUUGAUGGACACAAUUAGAGGAGAGAGCAUCAGGUGGAAAUAAGGUGUUUCUCGUGUUCUUCCACUUCUUCGCUUCCAGCUCCUUCAACUUGAACUUGCUCACUGUGGCAACAACGAGGACUUUAUUAUUUGAAAAUUUAAUCUUUUCCCGCGUUUUUUUUUUUUUUUUUUUGAAAGUGAUCUCUCCCCGUAAAUAAAUUAAAAUUAAAUAAUCCACCCUCGCAGGAAAUUAAGGUAGAGCGCUCUGAACGUGAAAAUUGUGGUGUAAAAGUGCUUCGUGGAGGUAUUGGGCGCCUUUUCUUCUUCUUCUCUCUCAUCUUAAUUACACAUGACACUAAAUCCCAUUCAAGUGCAAUAUGAAAAACCUUUUGUACCUCAUCAGUGUGUGUGCGCGCAUAAAAUGUAAUAUAGAACAAGUCGUGUGAAUUAUAACAAUUAAAUUAUUAUAUUACGAGGAGCUACAUAUAACCAAGUUUAGAGAAGAGAAAAAAAAGAGACUUCAACCUGGAGGGCACACAAGAGAGUUUUUCUGAUGAAUGGUGCAAAGAAAAAAAAUUGCCGACGAGUUUAUUUAGUCAGAAGGAACGAUUGAGUGUAAGCAAAAAAAAAAAAAAACGAUCCAAGAAAGUGUUGAACAGUUGCAAAAAGAAGGCGCAAAAGAACUCUUUCAUUUUAACAUGACGAAUGAAGACUUUGGAGUAAAUGCAGAAGAAUUUCAUGCGGUGGGUCCACGAAAAGUGUUUGUGACAGGCAAUUUGGUAAUUGUGCACGGUGGGCAAGAAAAUAAAAGAGAGUGAUGACACGUCUUGGGCAAUAAACACGAGACUCAUUGAAAUCCCCACACCGUGUGAUUGAACAUUUCGCCGAGUGAUCUUCCUCCAUGAGAAAUGAAUAUUGAUUGCAAUCAUUUUGCUCAUUGUUGGCUCCUGUGCCGUGUUACACCGUCGUGAACUUCAUCACAACACUUUUACGAGGGUAUCCCACGAUGGUGCGAAAGGUUGCUCAAACUAGCGCGUGCAGACGCCACUGAACGAUGGGGCACCGUGGCAGCAGUGGGGUUGUGGUGCACUUGAUGUGGAUCUGGAUCAGUUUCAAUGAACUCUGCUCAUCGGCGGAACUUAAGGCGUCCCCACUGAAACGAGCCGCAUCCACUGAACAUGUAGCCAAUUUGACCCGACAGCAUGGAGGUGAUAUUUUCGAUGCUUAUGAUUUGUCCGAGUGCACCACAGAUGUGUGCAUUGGCUUGUCCAGUGGCACAGCAUCUCACUUUAAGAGUUACAUCAAAGAAAUCGAUAUGUCAGCAAAAUCCGACCUGAUGAAUUGCAAAUGCCAAUGCUUGCCACAUUUGUCCACAUAUCGCGAAGAUGCCGGAAUCUGCGUGGAUGAUAUUCACGAAUGCAUCCUUGCACCGUUCGUUAGCAGUUCAUCGUCGGAGAAAAUACCAUUUGUGUUCCUGCCCCUACGCGGCCAGAUUAUUCAUCCAAGUCGCGAAAUCAAUUUCCCAGGAAUUCUGAAUCCAAUAUGUGCCGUGACUGGAUCUCAAUUUCUAACGAAGACUGGUUGGACAGAGUUACGGAACCCCCUGGACACAGAUGUCCCAUUCAGACUCUUCCGGGACGAGGGGAGAACCUUUCUGCAGUGGGUUGGAGAGGCGGAUCUGCGGCACCGAAUGCAGGGGCGACUUAUCUUGGUGCAUUUGCUGUGUCGCGAUAUGACUCCUCUGGAUACUGCACUCCCACUGACCAACGGCUCCAUCAGUGGAAGCAGCACCAGCGGUGGAGUCGCAUCUGUGGAUGAUGAUUUACUGCCGAACCAGAAUAUCUUCACACCUUGUGUGGCUUUUCGUGUUGCUGGGACACCAAUUAAGCAUGUGAAUAAUGUUACCGAAGUCUCAUUUCAAUCGGAAUCAUCCACCGCCAGCAAUUCUGAGGGUUUAACAACCCGAGAGUACGUUGUUAUUGGGCUGUGUAGCCUCCUUCUGGGACUAAUCUACGUGGCUUCGGUCUUCCUGUAUCUGCACAUGAAGAAGCGGAAGAAUCAGAGCCCCAGUGGCUCUGUUAGUGGGCACACCGUGAAGAACAACGAACUCCCCUUCCCGCCGAAUGAUCAAGUAACAUACGGGCCUGGUUUUCACAGGAAUGGCGGCUCCAGCCUGUACGGAAGUAAAUCCUAUUCACCACGAAAUCAGGGGAGCAACAUGCGCAACGUAACAGGUGGGAAUCUCGUUGGGGAAGAAAUGGGAAUUAUUAAGAGCAACCCAUUGCUGAAGCAUUUUCCCAAUUUGAGCGACAACUCUGGCUUCAUGAGUGAUCAGUCCAAUUCCAAUUCGGAAUUUGACGAUGAUCUUCCACAGAUUGACAUUGAGAAGACCCAGGCAACAGUUCAUCUCAAUUCAGGGAGAACAUCACCAAAAGUACGCGGUGAUGAUGCCCAUGCCGAGAGUAGUGCAGGGAAUCAGGAUACAGAGAGGAUUCCCGAAGAAAAUGUCUCAAUAGUCGAAGAUAUGACAGCAGAGGAUAAAUUGGAGAAUAUGAAGGCAAUCGUUAAUGGUACAAUCAGGAGGAAGUUGUACUUCAAUCCAGCUUACUUUGAACCUGACCUCCUGGCAUCACCACCCCCGGCAGCUCUGGAGUUUCUUCACAAAAUCCGAGAAGUAAUUACAAUUGCUAAAUUCAAAAUGGCAACGAAAAAAUACCAACCAUGCUUGGAAGCCUUGCCUGAGGAACUACAGAAUGGAUCUGAGAUUUACUACGGAAGAUCUGCACCACCGUCAAGCCGCAGGAGUAGUGUUAUUGCAAAAUCGGACACAUCCAAAAAGAAAGCUUCAUGCUCUGGAUGUCCUGGGUGUGAAACAGCCUCUGCUUCAUCAGUGAAACAAUCAGCUCAGCUGCAGCUUCCUUCAUCACAACUAGACGAUGGUAAUUGCAAGAAUUGCGGCGAUAAGAGGAAUAGCAUAAGGAAAUGGCUCGAAGGGGUUUCCUCGGGUGUUAAUGAGGAGAGUCCUAUUUCAGACACGGAAAAGAAGGAUUCAGAUACGUGUGAAAAGGACCCGAAGAAAACGGAUUUACUGAAGAAGAAUCUCAAGCAUUUGGGCACGGAUAGUUCAUCAAGUUCUGAUUCGGACACCAUAAAAGCCAACAGUGUAAAGAGCAACAAACGCCGUGCCCCACCAAUUCCAACUAAUCCUCCAAGAAUCAUCACCCGACCUAAAGUUCCACCACCUCCUGUUAAGGAAUCCGACAAGGCUCAGCUCUACAGUAAAAUCGCGAGUUCUGAAAUUUACAAUAAUCCGCAAUUUAUGCAAUCAAGCCCUGAGCUACCACCGAAGAAUCCUCAUGCCGCACGACAGCCGGGUCGUGGGCACAGGAAGCAAAAGAUGGAGGUAAUGGAUCAAUAUUCAACAGCACCACCACUAAAUGUUCAAGUCAGGAAGCAGGAGAUGCUGCGAAAUAUGCCAGACAUGGUUUAUGAAGCUCUCUCAAAGGACUACCGGAAUCGAACGCAAACAAUUGAAAGUCCCUUUGGGACGCUAAAGCUUCCAACACCCGACUACACGGAUGAAGACUACCAGGUGCACAACUUCAGGAAACCCGGUGACUCCCCAACAGUUCCUACACCAGACUACAGUAGUCUCAGUCGAAUACGGGGGAGAACGUGCUCUCCGGGAUCUCCAAUAUAUGCUCGGAAAUCUCCUCAUUAUUUGAUCGUUGACUACGAAACCGAUAGCCUCGAGAGGGCUCCUUGCAACAGACUCCGGAAGAAAUUCUCCUCCCCAUCAUCGUCAAAUAGCAGCAGUGAUUCCCAACCAAGUCCAUCCCUCAGCGCUGCCCUGCCACUGGAGGAAGAAGUUGAAAUGCGCAAUGCAGUCUAUGACAGAGUUGAGGGGUUUAGGAAGGACACAAUUUGCGAUGUGGUGAAGAAUAAGAAGAAAGCCGACUAUUCAUUGGUAUCGGAAGUCUAUGUGGGGAAUGCGGGCUUCUCCAAACGUGGGAGACAACCUCCUAAAAUUAAAUACAACGUUCCCUGCGCCGGGAGUAUGACAAUUGAACUGGAUCCAAGUCCCGAUGAGUAUGAUCUGUCAACGGAUAGUGAUCAAUUUGAACCCGAUACGCUCGAUAGGAAGCCCAAGAAGACGGCUUCUCCGGCACAGACGGCAAACAUCAAAGCUUGGAAUAAUCAUCUGGAUAAGGCGACUGAAUUCCUCAAUAGUACAGACAAUAAAGUUAACUACUCUUCCCUGGAAAAUAUGACAUCCCUCCCGGAUUUGAAUCAUAUGCAGCAGAGGCAAAAUCAGCUUGUCCUCAAGACAACGGGAUCAUUUAAGAGUGAUUCAUUGAGUCAGAUCUGCAAUCCUCCUGUCUCCAAGACUUUUGGGAGUCUAAGGGAGAUCUACGAAGCUAAGACACAGAAGAAUCUUCAACGACCACCACUAACGAAUAUUGAUUUCAUGGACAAGGGGAGAUUGCUAACGCUCGAGGAGAGGCACGCAAAAAGACAGCGUGCAAUAACGGAGAAUACGCUAAAUAGGAAGAAUAAGCCCCUACCUCCGGAUGUAAUACCCUACAAUUCGCACUAUGAUCACCCGAAACCACCUAUUGCGGUAUCCCCAACGCACACAGCUGCAAAAAACCUAACAGUCUGGAAUGCGGAUGAAUUCAAUAGUUCCGCAGAUCAGCCGAAUUACCAGGAGGAGACAUUUGAACAGGAUACAGAUACGUAUGAAACGCGGAGUACGAAUAGUGAAACAACUGAAUUUACCGGAGUUUCAGAGACUCUUGCUAAUUCGGAAUUUGAGCACGAUCGACGGAUCCUGGCCAAUAAUCUCGAGUACCCAACAACCAAGGAGUACACGACGAUCAAUAAGCUGUCCCGCUUCUACGACAACAAUGACUACAUUGCAGAGAAUGAUGGAUGCUACAUCAAUAAGAUGGAAGGGAAGGCCGAAGACACCUUGGAUACGUACAUGACAAUUGAGGAAGUUGGCAUAAAGAAGAGCAAUGAUGUGGAAAAGGCGGAUGAGAUUAAGGAGCAGAGUGACAUGGAUCGCAUUGAGGUGAUCAGUACGAAAUCCCUAACGAACUCCCUUAAGACAAACUCAUCGAAGAGUACGCUCAAAUCUGCAAAGUUCUCCGUGAAUCUAACGGAUCUCAAGGAGCACACAAACUUGCAGGCACCGAAGAUUUUCCGGGUGGAAAUAAAUGGUGAGAGUGACGCCAUGAAACUUGCCAUGGGGAUGCGUGAUCGUGCCAAGAAAUCCAAGGAUAUCAAAAAUGCAUGGAAGAGAUUUGUUAGCCUAGCAUCGUCAAAGCUACGCGUUAGCAGCCCAACGAAGCCUGAUAUCAAGUUUAACUUUGUCGAUGAAUGCCUCGAAGCGGGUGGGGAUCGUGAUGAGGGGGUACACUCCUUGAUUGAUGAGAAUAUGAAUGAGAACAAGACUGCUGUUGAUCGCGUAAUACACAUUUCACCACCACGAACGGGUCAGAAGACUGAACCCGAUAGUGGGUACAUGAGUGCUGAUUCCAAUGAAUCCAAGGCCUACAACCGCAAAUUCUACGAUCGUUUCAACUUCAAAGCGAUCGAGGAUAAGAUCAAUGAAGCCUCCUACAUUGACAUUGUGGAAUGUCCCGAACUUGAGACUGAUCGCCCCUACCCGGCUAUUCACGACGAUGGCAACAAGAUCACCCUGGAGAUCACAGACAACGCAGAGGAAGAGCACGAAAGGAUGGGCCAUUCAAUUGUCGAAGUGGGUGAUGUAGCUGAUAACAAUUCAGAGCACUACAGUAGUGGCCUGUCCACAUCUGAGGAGGAAAGUGACGACGAUGGGGAUGAUUUGUGCGAAUCUGGAGCUGAAAGCGUGGAAACGCAUUCAGUGUUCUUCAAGCAAAUGCGGCAGUAGUCAAAUUUAAUUUUAAUUCAUUUUGCAAUAUUUAAUGUAAUAUUUUGUGUUAAUAUUAGUUAACUAUUUUAUUUUUUAAUUUUAAAUUUAAAUAAGACGUGGUGAUUGUGUCUUAGAUCGUGAGAUCUUCGUAAUUGUGGGGCGUUGGGAAUAAAACGUUUGAAUUUUUGGCAGAUUCUUUAGUUAAAGAUCGCGAUCUUUCUGCAAAAGUAGGGCCAGUUUUCACAGAUUUUUUUGCACGAGAUCUCUUUGCCAAAGAUCGCGAUCCUUAAGUGAUCCUCAACACUAUUUUAAAUGAUUGUCAAUUUCAAAAAAAUGUUCUCAUUCUGAAAUAAAAAAUUACUUGUGCUUUGGAAAAGAUUUUUUUAUUUGAUCUUCAAAUAAUUUUUCAGUUAAAUGAGAUUAAAAAAAUAUUAUUUAAAAUGCGAAAAUCAAGCUUAAGAAAAUCUUAAAAAAAUAUAUUUCAAAAUACAACCAUUUUGAAGAAAGGAGUUCAUGCACGGGCCAUGAAAAACUUCCUCAUUUACAAAACAAUUUUGACGAAUUCCGUCAUGUAGAGAAAUAAAAAACACUGAAAAAUCCAAAGAGAAACUCCCCAAUAUCCACUGGGAUCACAUAGAAAAAAAUGUAAAAAAAAGAUUGCAAAAAAUAUUGAAAUAUUACGAAACCAUUUGCAGUUUUUGCCCCUCUAAAAAAUGUUUCAAUACUUUUUUGGAGACUUGUCGUUCAUUUUCCGCGAAGGUUUUUUUCUUUUUUCUUUUUUUGCAAAUUAAUAAUAAACAUUAAGAAAAUUGACACUUUUAUUAAUUUUUAUGCAAAAUUAAUUUGAAAAAAAAAAACCUCCGAGGAAAAUGAACGACAAGUCUCCAAAAAAAGUUUUGAAACAUUUUUCAAACGGACAAAACCUGCAAAUGGCGUCGCUAUAUUUCAAUUUUUUGACAAUCUUUAUUUGCAUUUUUUUAUAUGACCCCAAUAAAUUUUGGGUAGUUGCUCUCGUGAUUCUUCAAUGUUUUUUGAUUCUCUACAAGAUGGAAUAGGUUAAAUUUGUUCUGCGAUAGAGGAAGUUUUUACAUGGCCCGUGCAUGAACUCCUUUAAAAGAUUUUCAAAGUAAAGAAAUGUUCUUGUUGUGCAAGAAAAUAACUGAUUCACGGUAAAGGAAUAUUUUAUGUGAUCUUUAAAUAAUUUUCCCGUAAAAUUCAGCUUUAAAAAAUAACUAAAAAUAUACAAAUCAAGCCUAAGAAAAUCUUUGGAAAAUCCUGCAAAAUUCCAUCAUUUUAAACUAAUUAAAAAAAAGGAUGAAUUUUAUUAGAAAUUAAAUGACAAAAAAUCAAGUCUAAAUUCCUUAUUCCUCGACAAAAUGAAAGGACCACGAUCACAGUAUAAUCACCUAAAAUGUACAUGAGAAACCUAAGUUUAUAAAACGGGCUGACAAAAUGGUGCAAUAAGAGAAAGACUUUGGAGCAAGCAAAGCAAUAAAAUCCCAAUAAGAUCAUUUUCCCUCCCCAAAAAUCCCUCUAGGAUUACUUUAAAAAUACUUUUUUUAUACAAUCCGGGAGUCUCUGUUGUACCUGAGCGAAGGAUAUUUAUAAUUUUAUUUACUUUUAAAAGAAAAAUUAUUUAAACAAAAAAAAUUAACGAGAGUCUUUUGCAAAUAAAAAAUCUCUCGAAAAAGCUCACUCACGGGGUUGUUUAUUUUUUUUUAUUUCGAUCAAUUAGGAAAUUGUGCCUAAAAAAUUAGUUUUUAAGAAAACUUCAAUAAAAAAAAUUCUCUGUAAAUUUUCCAAAUAAUAACUGUGCAAUCUUUUUUUAAUUUUUAAUUUAUGCUCUCUGUAGAUUUUAAUGUUAAAUUGUAGAUUAUAUAGGUGGACGAUAGGCAUUGAAAAUAGUUCAUGUGAUAAAGGCCGGAUGUGCAAUAACAAUGUGUAUGGAAAUCAAAGAGUUUUUAUAUACAAAACUUCGGCAAUUUUUUAUUUUAAGUAUUUUUAUUUAACAUUUUUUUUAACUUUAUUCUCUUAAAAAUAUUUUUACACACACUCGCUGAUUGUUUUCACAUUAGUUUUAGUGUAUAGCUCCAGAUGCAGCUAUAAAUCCAAAAAAAAGGAAUAAAAUUCAAUCAAUAAAAUAGUGAGAAAAAAACUUCUUUUUAAGUUCUUUAAAGAAAUUCUAAGAUUUAGCAUUUAAUGUGGGUUUCAGAGGAGAAAAUUGUAAUUUGUUUUUUUUUUUUUGAGUCGCAUAGCUUCAUAAGUACCUGCCAGAUAGAAAAUUAAUUCUCAAGACAGGUGCAAAUCAGCUGUAAAUUUUCAUUUUUUAACUUUAAUUAUUGUACUAUAAAACUCUAAUGAUUUUAAUUUAAUAAUUUUUGUUUUUAAUGGGUGUGCAAUUAAAUAGAAUUAUUAAAUCAUUUUUUAAGCUUUCCAUUUUGUGUUUGGGGACAAAAAGGUGAUUUUAAUCUUUUUAUUUAGUGGGCAAAAAAAAUUGAAAAA